CCACCACAACAACUUCCAUCACACACACUCUUCUCAUUUCCAUCCAUUCACUCACUCUCUUCUCUCUCCUAGGGUUUCCAUUUCCUUUUCCUCUUCAAUGGCUCAACAAGAUGCUCAAAACGGUGCUGCUUCCGAAACCACUCUUUCCUUCCUUGCUUUCAAGCCUCAGCUCUUCGUUGAAGCUCUCAAAGCAAACGACGCCGUUCUGUUCUAUAAGAACGCUUUUGCUGCUGAAGAGGUUUCUCGUACUUUGAACCCUAAACGUAAGGCUGAUCAAGAAACUCCUCUUGUUCUCUCUGCUGAUCUCAAGAUCGCUGGUUCAUCUUUCGCUGUUGCUACUGUUGAUGAUCCUGCUUCACUUGUGAAGAGUGGAGGAAACGGUGUCGUUUUCUCACUUGAGGCUGAGGACAUUGAAGGUGCUAUAGCUAAGGCGGUGAGUGCUGGAGCAGUUGCUGAAGGUGAAGUGGUGGAGUUUGAAGGCGCGUCUGGUGGUGGGCGCGUGGGGAAGGUAACUGAUCCAUUCGGUUACGUUUGGCAAAUCAGCACUCCUGUGAAGAAAGUUGCUGAUGUGGAAGCUUGAUAACCGUCUGAUGCUAAGAGGAUCUGAUCUGACCGUAGUUUAAUAUUUGAGUUUUUAGUUAAAAUUUUAAUUAGGAGAAUUAAAGUUGAAAUGUGUAUUUUGUUCAGGAAAAGGCAAGUGUUCAGUCUUUAGUAGUUGAUGACUAUUAUUAUCCCUAUGCUUAGGUAUUCUCUCUAGGUUAAUAUUUGCGGUGCUACCUAAUUGAAAAACUAUUAUUAUCUUCUCUUUUUAAAUCUUGUUGGUUUAAUGCAUGGCAUAUUCUGAAUGUUCGUCAAUAUUUUAUUGCUGUUACUCGUUA